UCAUAGAAUGCAACAGUGGUUCACAAAUGAUCACCAAUCUUUUUCAGUUUCGUUUGGUCUCAUGUACACACACUUUUGCGGUGAGUGAUCAGUGAUCAGUGAUCAGUGAUUACCCAUAUUUUCUCUCUCUAAAUUGCAUCGUCUCUCAAUUAGAAGGUUUCACAGAAUUGAACAGCAAUGGCAAUGAUGAUGAUGGCUCCACGAACCCUAACUUUUCGUCAACCCCUCCCGCCAUCUUCUCGGUCGUCUCGCCAGUUAUAUCCAUCCAAAUCUCUCCUUUCUUCCAACCCCAUCACCAGCGUCCAUCUCCCAAAAUCAACUUCCCAGAAUCAAUCCCCUCUCGUAGCAAGAGCUUCUUCUACAGCUGCGUUUAGCGAUGACAUCAGUGAUAUCCUCGGUGAUGUUAACAUCUUCACCGCGACCGGUCAAUCAGUCAUGCUCAAGGAUCUCUGGGAUCAAAACGAGGGAAUGGCUGUUGUUGCACUUUUGAGGCAUUUUGGAUGCCCUUGCUGUUGGGAACUCGCUUUAGCUCUCAAAGAAUCGAAAUCGAGGUUUGACUCAGCUGGUGUAAAGUUAAUUGCUGUUGGUGUUGGUACUCCUAACAAAGCUCGUAUUCUUGCUGAGCGGUUACCGUUUCCAUUGGAUUGCCUAUAUGCUGAUCCUGACCGCAAGGCGUAUGAUGUUUUGGGCUUGUAUUAUGGUUUUGGCCGUACAUUUUUCAACCCAACCAGCGCAAAGGUGUUUUCAAGAUUUGAGGCUCUGCAGAAAGCUGUAAAGAACUAUACAGUUGAAGCCACUCCAGAUGAUAGAAGCAGUGUCUUGCAACAGGGAGGGAUGUUCGUUUUUAAAGGGAAGCAGUUGUUGUAUGCUUGGAAAGACGAAGGGACUGGUGAUCAUGCACCUUUCGAUGAUAUAUUUGGUGUUUGUUGCAGAACUCCAGUGGCAUGAAGCUUUUCUGCAAUUCUUAAAGACAUUUUGGUUGCAUGUUACCCAUAUAAAAUAUACCUUUACUAAGGUUCUGUCUAAAGGGGCUUUUAGAUGAGUUAAUAAUUUGUGCCUGGUCAUGUUCAUAUUCUGUAAUAUUUAGUAGCAGAAGAAAUAACGGGAUCACUCUGAAAAAACAGAAAAGAUACAAAUAUGGACUCGCUAUGUAUAUCAAUGCUACCAAAUUUACUUGUGAAUAUUCGAAUUAAUGAGUUGGUAUCAUGCAUGACUUUAACA